UCAAAACUCAUAAAACGCAGGAAGCCUCAGAAGCCCUGCAGACCUGCUCUGCCCAGGAGGAACGCUGUCGGCCAGCUGCACACAGCCUGUUGGCGUCUCUUUCUCCAGCUGUGGUGUCUUCACGUUGCUUUUGUUUCUCAGCCUCAUGUUUUAAACGUUGCCUGCUAUGUCUCUGCCCUUAAACAGCACGACUGAACAGCAGUACCAGAGCGUGCUGGAAAGAAUCGUAGUGUCCUUCCUAUCCACAGCGCCAGCCUGCUUCUUUCUCUUCAUUAAUGGCACCUUGAUGCUCUGCUUGAGGAGCAAACCUGUGUUCCGGUACACCUGUCGCUAUAUUCUUCUGUAUAACCUCCUUGUUGCAGAUACUGCUCAGCUGGUGACGAGUCAGGUCAUGUUUCUCCUCGCUGUGGGCAGAGUCAAGCUGACCUACGCUUUUUGUGGUACUAUAAAAACUGUUGCUAAUCUCACCGCUGGAAUAUCUCCUCUCAUUCUGGUGGCCAUGUCUGUGGAGAGAUACGUAGCCGUCUGCCACCCACUGAGGCACGCUUCCAUCAUCACUACCAGAAACACCGCAGUGGCUGUUAUUGCUACCUGGGCUGUUAGCUCGCUCAAUAAUGUCACCAGAAAUCUGUUUUUAUUGGAACAUUCCCUUGAAAACUUGGGGAGUGUCUUGAUGCCGGACUAUUGCACAGAUGUGGCUUGGUUUCCAAACCCGUUGCGUGAAUAUUAUGAUAAAGCAUACACUGCCUUAGUGUUUGUUUCAGCCGGUUUAGCUGUGAUUUCCUCUUAUACUGGAGUUGUAAUUGCAGCCAAGUCAGCCUCUACAGAUAAAGGGUCGGCCCAUAAAGCCCGUAAGACCCUGCUGCUGCACUUAGUUCAGCUGGGCCUCAGUCUGUCCUAUACGAUUUACUACCCGCUGCUCGCAGGCCUGGCAAGGACCGUAAGGAGACUCGUGUUUGUGUGGGUCCAGAAUGUUUUUUAUGUGCUUUUUAUCAUCUUACCCAGGUGUUUGACUUCUUUAAUCUACGGCCUGAGAGACCAGACCAUCAGACCUGUUUUAUUACACCACCUAUGCUGCCGACGGGUUAGGGUCUAAAGAUUAUUAUUUUUAGUUGAUGUGACGAGAUGAGCUCUUAGCAUAUAUAUUUAAAAACUAAGAAGGUGAAUUUUUAACAAUUCAGGAAUUGAAUUUUAAAUCAAUCAGGUCCUAAUGUCAAAAAUAGUUGUAAUAUGGUCAUUCUUGGUUUUUGCAAGUAAGCAAAAGUUUCACCGAUCACAAAUUGUUUUUCUAAACUUUCUAUUUGCUGUGGGAUAAUCUACUGCCAGUCUGUCCGACUUAGAUGUUUUCAUUUUCAAACAGAUGCUAAAAAGCACCAAAUCUGUUUUCUUUUUGAGUUUUCACAAUUAGGAUAAAGGUUUGAUAGAUCUCUAUUCAUUGAAUCCCAAAAUAACCCCAAAUUAUUUGCUUUGUUUUUUUGUGAAUGUUAAUGUUUCAGCUGUGAGGAGCACGGGAGAGAUGAGAGUUUUCAACCUAUAGGCUUCAUAUGAAGAGGAAAUGCUGGGUAAAACUUGUAAAUUAAAAUUAGAAUUAAAUGAAUAUAAUGAAAAGCAAAAUAAUUUUUUAUUACAAAGACUUCAAAUAGAAAAUUAUGGACAUGGUAAUAAGUCAGGAAGCUUUUUAGCUAAUAAGAUAAAAAUAAUCAAAGAAAAAAUUACUAUAUUUGCAGUUCCAGACUCAACUGGUAAUACAUUAUGUGAUCCGGAAAGUAUAAACAACACCUUCCGAGAUUUCUACAAAUCUUUAUACACGUCACAGAUAAAUCCAUCAGAUACUGGCAUCAAGCAAUUCCUGGAUAAAAUAACACUUCCUAAAUUAUCAAAUAGCCAAAGAACUCCAAAAAAAGUAAUAACAAAGCAACUGGACUUG